AUGCAUAUCAACGACAUGAUUGCAGAUGCCGAGAGGACCGGCGAGCCGUCCUUCUCCUUUGAAUACUUCCCGCCCAAGACUGCACAGGGUGUCCAGAACCUUUACGAUCGAAUGGAGCGCAUGUACGACUUUGGGCCCAAAUUUAUCGACAUAACAUGGGGCGCUGGGGGGCGAAUUGCCGAGCUCACCUGCGAUAUGGUGUUACAGGCUCAAACAUUUUUCGGCCUUGAGACCUGCAUGCACCUAACAUGUACCGACAUGGGCGAGGAAAAAGUCAAUGACGCCCUGCAGAAAGCGUACAAGGCAGGAUGUACCAACAUUCUCGCCCUCCGUGGGGACCCCCCAAGAGAAAAGGAAAAGUGGGAGGCUGCCGAUGGUGGCUUUCAAUACGCGAGAGAUCUCGUGGCUCAUAUUCGCAAGAAGUAUGGGAAUCAUUUCUCUAUUGGCGUUGCUGGGUAUCCAGAGGGCUGCGAUGAUAACAAGGAUGAGGAGUCGUUACUGGACCACUUGAAGGAGAAGGUUGACAUGGGCGGUACCUUCAUUGUUACGCAGAUGUUCUAUGAUGCCGAUAACUUCGUCCGAUGGGUAGGGAAAGUGCGCGAAAGGGGAAUUACCGUUCCUAUUGUCCCCGGAAUCAUGCCCAUCGCCACCUACGCCAGUUUUCUUCGACGCGCAAAUCACAUGAACUGCAAAGUUCCCGAAAAAUGGAUGGCCGCCUUAGAGCCCAUUAAGAAUGAUGACUCGGCCGUUAGAGAACUCGGCAAGGUCCUUGUGGCUGAGCUAUGCCGCAAGAUUAUGUCUGCCGGUAUUGUCCACCUUCACUUCUAUACCAUGAACCUGGCCCAAGCCACUCGCAUGGUCUUGGAGGAAUUGGAUUGGCUCCCGUCCUCACAGCGCCCUCGGCAGCAACCUUUGCCCUGGAAGCAAUCGCUCGGUUUUGGCCGACGCGAUGAAGACGUUCGCCCAAUAUUCUGGAGGAACCGUAACAAAUCCUACAUUUCCAGAACCCAGGAAUGGGACGAAUUUCCCAAUGGCAGAUGGGGUGAUUCUCGUUCUCCCGCCUUCGGUGAACUUGAUGCAUAUGGAAUCGGUCUGACAGGAUCGAACGAGUCCAAUCGCGCGAAAUGGGGCGAGCCCAGAUCCAUUGGUGAAAUUGGUAGUCUUUUUGCCCGAUAUCUACAGAAGGAGCUGGAUUCCUUGCCAUGGAGCGAAGCGCCUCUCUCAGGCGAAGCCGUGUCGAUCAAAGAUGACCUUAUCAAUCUGAACAAACGUGGGUUCAUUACAAUCAAUUCACAACCUGCUGUAGAUGGUGUUAAAUCAACACAUCCUAUUCACGGAUGGGGGCCGCCAAAUGGAUUUGUGUACCAAAAGGGCUACCUAGAACUCUUUGUACACCCUGAACUGUAUGAUGAGGUAAUUCGCCGGAUUGAGAGCCGCGAGACACUCUCGUACUAUGCGGUGAACCAGGCAGGAAAUUUCACGACAAAUGCGCCUUCCGAGGGACCAAUCGCUGUUACAUGGGGAGUUUUCCCUGGCAAGGAGAUUGUUCAGCCUACAAUUGUAGAGAGUGUGAGCUUCCUCGCUUGGAAAGAUGAGGCCUACCGACUUGGAAAUGAUUGGGCACGUUGCCAUGAGGCGAAUAGUCCCAGCCGGGCACUCAUCCAGGGAAUGAUGGAUCAAUGGUAUUUGAUUAAUAUUGUCAACAACGACUUUCAUGAUUCGAAAUCUGUAUUCGAGCUGUUUGAGGGGCUAGAAAUUAAGGACCUUCACACUCCAGUGUCCUCUUCGGCUCCUCACACUAAUGGCACCAAUGGCAUUCAUAAGGAGACAAACGGCGUUACGGCAUCAAAUUAG